AUGGAUAUUUCUGAGGAGAAUCGUGCAUCCAAUUCUCCAUCCAUCACUUGUCCAUCAUGCAGGAUCAGCAUUGUGCCAUCGAGGGCCAGAACCAUGUGCCCCUUCUGUGGCAGCUUCUAUAACCGGGCUGCGAAUAAUGAUGUCUCUUUGAGAAGAAGAAGCAGCGAUGAGCCAGUCCGGCUACCUCAGUUAGAAACGCACAGGCAAAUUGUACAAGUUACCGGUUUUGGACCAUUAAUUACAGAUACCUUGGGAGUCAUCCAUACGUACAUCACAGGCCUUCUUCUGCCUCCUUCUUCUCCAGACUCGACGCCUGUAUAUGUCUCUUUACCUCCAAUUAGUCAAGGUGGGGAAGGUCAAUUAGUGACCCUCCGAAGCGAAGCAAGGCAACAGGCUUACGUUCCUUCAGAUGGUCGAAGUUCCUUAUUAGCUGGUUCGGCCACAUCUACAGUAACAAAACCUUCACUUCUUGAUGACUUACAGACAAAUCUCAUCAUGUACCCAACGAAAGAAAUGACUACAAGGCAGCUCAGGGAAGAUAUAGAAGAAGCGAAAGUUACAGGAGAUUACAGCAGGCUACAAGAAUACUACGAAACGACAUUUGGAUCCCUCCUGGAUAUAUGUGCCACAUUUAAGAUCAACCCAGAGUCUGAAGGAGCAAAAGCUGAUGAUGCUGAACUAAGGACAGACUUGCUAUACGAAACAUACGACAGUUUCAAUGAAGUGCCUUCUUACGUCAGCAAAGCAGCGCUAAAAGCCACAAUUGGAGCUGUUCUUGCUACUAAUAUCAGAUUAAAAGCCAAAGAUGAAACAAAAGCUCUAUUUGCCUUAUUACAAAACCCCUUGUUCAGUAACCAAGCCUCAUACACAGUGUUUGCUCAUCUCUUUAGAAGGAUAGUUGCUCUCAGCAGCGGAGACCAUCAACUUUUAAUAAAUUGGUUUGCAAGGACAGAGGCGGACAGAAUACGACAGUUGGUGAAAAGAAUUCUUCAGUUUAUUACCAUAAGAGAGUUUCCUCCAGCCAAUGGACACAAAUUGCCCUCUAUUAGUAAAAGCAGGUGGUGGAUACCAUGUGCUACGAGAAUUCUAGCGCUCAUAAACACUGCGAAUAGCAGGAACAAUCCCAAUCUUAUUUCAUAUACUGAAUUUUAUAACAGUGCCCUGGACCAUAUUAACUUGAUGGCAGAAUAUUACAGGUGGCAAAACCCUAAUAAACAUCACAAGUUUUCGUAUUGUCAAUAUCCAUUCAUUUUAAGUAUAGUGGCCAAAAAGAUGAUUCUUCAAAGAGAUUCCGAACAACAAAUGAUUCUAAAUGCAAGAAGGAGUUUGAUGAGCAGAGCCUUACAUCAACAAGCCCCAGACAUCGAUGUGUUUUUCUUGAAUCUCAACGUUCGUAGGUCACAUUUAGUCUCGGAUUCAUUAAAUGAGAUAGCUAGGAAACAGUCAGAUCUGAAGAAAAAACUAAAAGUGACUUUUGUAGGCGAGCCAGGACUAGAUAUGGGAGGAUUAACGAAAGAGUGGUUUCUCUUGCUCAUCAAACAAAUUUUUGACCCGGAUUAUGGUAUGUUCGUGUACCACAACAAAGCCAGAUGUUAUUGGUUUAGUACAUCACAAUCUGGAAAUCUCAGGGAGUACAAUCUCAUAGGUGUCCUUAUGGGACUUGCAGUCUAUAAUUCCAUUAUUUUAGAUCUGCAUUUUCCAACAGCAUGCUACAAAAAACUUCUCAGUCCACCAGUUGUGCCACAAAACUUACAACAUGCCAACGUAGGAGUCUGGAAAUUCGGAAUAGAUGAUCUAGCGGAAGUGAUGCCAGAUGUUGCAAUUGGACUACGAGAGUUGCUUUCAUAUGAAGGAAAUGUUGAAGAGGACUUCUGUAUGACAUUUCAAGUGUCUGUUGAAGAAUUUGGAGCUGUUAAGACACAUGUUCUCAAAGCAGAUGGUGAAAAUCUUCCAGUUACAAAUACCAACAGGCAUGAAUAUGUACAUCUAUACACAGAGCUUAUACUGAACAAAGCUAUAUAUCAACCUUUUAAAGCUUUUUAUCUAGGCUUCCAUAGUGUAUGUGCCUCAAAUGCAUUAAUUAUGUUACGGCCUGAAGAAGUAGAAAUGCUAGUGUGUGGGUGUCCAACUCUUGAUAUGGAUGAAUUAAGAAAAGUUACAGUUUAUGAUGGAUUUCAUGAAGAAGAGCCCAUCAUUAAAGAAUUCUGGGAAAUUCUAAAAAGUUAUAGCUCUGACCUCCAAAAGCAAUUUUUGCGGUUUACAACGGGAAGUGACAGAGUACCUGUUGGAGGAAUGGGAGAGAUGACAUUCAAAAUAUCUGCUCUAAAUCAUAAUACAGACAUGUUACCAAUCUCACACACUUGUUUCAACCAACUUGUCUUACCAAGGUACAAAAACAGAGAUAUUUUAAGAGAAAAAUUAACAAUUGCCAUUUCAAAUGCUGAAGGAUUUGGACUCGAGUAAGAUGCGUGCAAUGAUGAAG